AUGAAGGUAAAGCGAGUGAAACAUGCGAGAAAAUACUUAACUUUAUUCAAGAAUUCCUUUGGAAUAUUCGAACCAUACCAAAUAUUAGGUAAGCAGAUAGAUUAAGCAUUAUUUAUUCUACGAUUCGUCUCAAUUUGAAGUCAUUUGUGCCUUUGCCCUUUUUGCAAUCGUGAAAAGUAUAUUGCCACAUGGUCUCACUUGCUACUGUGUUGAAUUCUGCAGUUGAUGGUACAUUCUGCCAAGCAGCCUUACAGACUAAAAUAAAUAUCAAGGAACAGCUUCCAAAAUACCUUGAUGGGACCAUUCAGUUAUGUAUCCUUUCCCACUAUAUUUUUGAAUGUAAGACUUAAAGUUAAGGGAAGCUAUUAAAUCAGCUGAUAAGUACAUGACUGUAUUUGAUGAAGUACAGUGAAAGGUUUUAACCCAGGAUUUAUGUCAUAAAAUAGGUGGAAUAUGAUCGUCCGAGUGAGUGCAGUCCUGAAUAGGACUGUCGAUGACAGUCACUGAUGUUUUGACAACUGUGCGCAGGUCUUAAAAAAAUGUAAUGGCUGGCGUCGGUCAAGUUGUCUGGUGAAACCUAUUUUUGCUUGGACGCAACUCAUUUUUGGCCAGACAAUUACAAAUAUUUAUUGUGACAUAUCUCAAUAAAACUAAAUUUUUGUUCCAUUAGAAGCAUAAAGGACUGGACAAAGUAUCUGGUCAUCCAAGGAUUUGAUGGUACAAAGCUUACUUUUGACCGGACAUUGUCUGUUGACCGGCUGUUAUUUCAAGCCCUGGUGUGGUAUUCAACUUUCAGAGCCAAAGUGAGUUGUAUCACGUCAGUUGAUGGUAUUAAACUCUGGUUAUUGACCUGAUUGGUCAAUUGGUCAGUUAACUGGCAUUGUUAUCGGUUGUCUGUCAGUUACACCGUAAGCCUUGAUGUUAUUGGUGAUGUAGACUAUAAAAACAAAUACGCAAUGAACUCUAAGCGAAAAGAAAAUGGUGAUCACUACAAGGUUAGUGAGAGUAUUGUAGCUGAUGGCAUUGUGGGCUAACUGACCAAGGACAACAGUGUAGAACUCAAAAACAUCAUGUCUGGUCAUUUGGAACAGGUACAUGUAUUUUUGUUGCUGGGCAAGUAUAAAACUUUAAAUGUUUCCUUUGUCAUAUUGGGUAGUUGGAACUUAAUCACCAAGACAGGCAUGCAAUUUAAGCUGGAAUUCAAGUUUUCAAGAUCUGCAACAAUGUACAGGCUAAACGUAAGCUUCCAAUAGUCCUCACUGGUCAUAAAGCGCAUUUCUAUGCAGACUGUCAAAAGAACACCCACUGUGAAAACAACACAUCUUCUGAACACUGUUAGAUUAGUAUUACAACUUUGUCUUAUGGACCUGAAUGCUCAUGUGUAUGGGAUUUAUUGAGAUAAAAGUUACUUAACGAAUUAUAAGCAACAACAAGAUGCGUGAUAGCUGAAGGAGAAGCUCUUGGCCCUCAGCUUUCUGGAGCUGUGCUUAUUGCAAAGAGAUUUCAUUUACGAAAUUGUGGUCAUCAUAAAGCUGCUGUCCCAGCUACAGAAUGUAUUAAAAGUAUGAUAGGUAAAUAUGACUCUGAAUUUUUUUUGUGAAUGUGUACAUUAACAUUUCUGCUUCUCUCCAAUAAUAUUGCUUUAAACCAAUCUUUUCCCUGCCAGUGGAGGUCCCUCAUGGCAAGAGAAAAAUGAUACGAAAGAGAGAGACCUAUACUCGGCUUAAAUGCAUUUUCUGUCGUGCAUGCACUUGCAUUUCCUUAACAACCAGUAAUGUAUUAGUCACGUGCAACACAACUUGCAUGACUCGCUUGCACAUUAUCAACUGUGGGUUUAGAAAUUUCCAGCGUGAAGUCUUAACAGAGCAAGCACAUUCCACAUCAAAUGAAACCAAUUUUGAAAACCAGUAAGUUUUGACCACAAACGUGGUCAAUGGCUACAUGAAAGAAUGUGUCCGGGGGCAGUAGUGAUCUCUCUCUUUCCUCUUCUUCUUCUUCUUCUCUUGCUGUGAGACACCACUGCUAACAGGGAAUCCAGUCUGUCAUGGUGGUGGAGUCAGCAGCUAUUCACACAUUGGUCCGAUUUGAGGUCCUGUUUUCUCUUUUUUAAAGGAACUGAGAAUCCAAAUGGUUACUUUGUUGCAUCACAAGACAGAGAUCUAAGACAACAUUUGCAAACAGUUCCAGGUACAUAUUGUGUAGCUCUUUUCUCUUCCUGCUACUCUGUAUAGUCAAGUGGAAGCCAAAAGGGAAUUCAAGCUGAAGUUUGAACCAUCUAAGUCUGUCUCUCUUAAGGUUUUUUUUUGCCAAAAAAUGUAAACUCCUGAAUUUCAUUAAAAUACCUGGGAGGAUCUAGGAUUAUUACAAAAGGGUUUAAGUAAGGGACCAGCUCCCUUAGAAAAUAGGUGCAGUUUCCAGUGAGAUCAAAGUGUUUGCUGAAAGUGAAGGGAAUUUUGGUCAUUUGAAAAAAAUUUUUACUAGUUUCUUUUGUAAUAGCUGUAGGUUUUAGAUAUUACAGCUUCAGCAUGAGGGGUUUGUCGACUUUCCCCAGCCACCCUGCCAAGCCACCUUUAGAUCUGCCCCAGAUAAUGAAAGCAGUGAUAAGGAGGUUCAUCCAUACUGGAGAGCUGUUUCAUUGGUGGUGCUUUCAUGAUACUGAAGGUUAUUUUGUCGUAAAUUGUAGACUCAAAAAGACUCUUUUGCAAACAGUACAGCAAAACACACAGUGCUACAAGAAAGGGCACCUUUUGUGGGUAUGGUGAGAGCUGUGAUAGCCAUCAUGCCACCAUGCCUUCACAUUCUUUUUGUAUCCAUGAUUAAUGUAUUCCUUUUGUAGGGGUGCCUCUUCUUUUCAUCAAUCACAACACCAUACUCUUAGAGAAGCCUUCAUCUGCAUCUUGCCAAGCCUCAGAUAAGGUGUGUUAUGUGUCAGAAAUAAGGCAUUUGCAUGAUCAGGGCUGUCAAUAAGGGCCGGCAGCGGGCCAAAACCCCUGGCUAGUUAGCCACCCUUAGCCUUAGCCUCUUGAAAACCCCUGGAAGUGGCAUUUCCAAGACUCUAAAUUUAAAUUUGUCCCUAGAUGCCUCAGCCCUAGGAAACUUGUGCCUUUGGUGCUAGUUGAACCAAUUUAAGCUGCCUACUAUUCAUUAUCAGCCUGCUACUUAAAUACUUUUUGACAGCCCUGCAUGAUGAGAUGAUUUUACCACUACGACCAGAAUCCUUUACGUUCUUUCUUUCAUGUUCGAAUUUGGUAAUCCCAGCAAGGUAAAUAACAAAAGUUCUAAUUUGCACCAAAAGAGCCAUACCCUGAAGGAUUCUGGCCAUAAUAGUGAAAUGAUGUCAUCGUGUCAAUGACCUAUUGUCCUAACUAGUGCACAAGAACAUUAUGAAUACAUCCCUAUUGUGGGUAUGAAGGAUGGGUAAGUCUUUAAGUCCCAAGAGUGAUCAACAUCAAUUUUCUCCUAACAAAAUCAAUACACAAUCAAGAGAUUAGGUUAUAAGAAUCACAGGGGACCCAAGCUCGAAAUAUGAGCUUCGGCGAACAUCGGCAUUGUUGCGUAACAUUCGAAAUAUAAGGAUUUGUAUGGGAAAAAACCUAUCAUUUCUGUAGCCUACGAAAAUGAAAGGAUUUCAAUAAAAAACAGCUUACCUAACUUAAAAUGUGUGUUACGUCUCUCCUGUGUGGUCCACGGGCCGAUUUAUGGCCGUUUUAUGGGACGGGUUUUUAUGAAAACGGUUUUCUCUCUAUAUAAUGUUCGCCGAUGCUUAUAUUUCGAGCUUGGGCUACCUGUGUGAGAUUAAACAAAAUCAUCACCAAAGGGAAUUUCAAAAUGCUUUGGUUUUUUUUAUCACAUUCUCGUAACUAGUUCUUUGAAGAAAUGCGUGGAGGUCAGUCUGGGAAAUGGUGGUGUAUAUCUGAAUAAUCGUGGACCAUAAAUCCUGACCAUCCCAAAGGAACAAAUCUAUAGUUGACUGAGUGACUGAUUACCAUUUCUGUUACUUAUACUAUUUGUUCAUUCUUUUUUAGGUUCAGAUUUCCCGUCUGGAGCCCUCUAAACACGAAAAAGAAACUCUCGAAAAACUGAGCGAACCCUCAACAGAGCUAAAACCAAGGCGAAAGCGUAAACGGCCUGGAGGACCUAAUCCUCUGUCAGUUCUCAAAAGCAAGAAAAGAAAAGAUGAUAGACAUAAGGGUUCCGAGGAUAUCAAGGUAACUAGAAGUUAUUUAUGUUCACAGCACUCCUGCAGGGGCUUUGCUCUCGAGGUUAUGAAACAGCGGAAAGUGAAAACGCUCUCCAACUAACAACUUUUAUGUUUACUCCGAGGAUUGCUCAGUUUUUUUGACUGGCUUUAGGCAUUAGGGGAAAACGCAGACUGUUACUAACAGAUGCAUCUCGUAUAUGCCGAAUGCCUGCUUGGAAAUGCUUACAACUUUCCCCGUGGUUAGUUGCUGUGCGCAUUUUUUCCUGCACGUGGGCCGGCAUGUAUUUGCGCUCACUCGUACUAACGCUUGCACCGAUUUCGUGCGCUUGUUCCCAUCACUUAGCAACGGUUGCAUGGUAACCGUUCAUGUUCGUCGUGCUUUGCAUUGGUUACAUUGUUUUCCCGCCCUUUUUGUGGCUUAUGGUUCAAGCAAACUUUCUCGCCCUUUUGCACGCUUUGCACCGACUGCAUACUUCACUGCACCUGGUUGCUCAGUCUAUCUGAUCCAGACCCAAUUCUUUUUCUCAUAGAAAAAGCGAAUUCGUAAAAGAAAACGAAAAGUGGCGAGGCACGUACUGGAGGCUAUUCAAGAUCACACCGCAACAACAUCAUGA